AUUAGUUCUAAAACAUCAUUUACUAUUAAACCGAGAUUCUCAUGAGUUUGAUCUGAUGCCGUCCGAACGGUUGCACUUGCACACCAGCUGGGAAAGGUACUGUGAAGGUCCAUUCUCCCAGCAGGCCCAGAGGCCCAACUACAGAUGUUGACUAUGGCCCAACUAUAAUGAUCAAGCCCAAGUAAAAUCGCGCCAACCCGACCGACCGGAAGCGAGUGCUCGUCUUUUGCUUGUGUGAUCUUUGUGGAAGGCGAAUCUUCGUCUUCCAUGGAAUCUGCAAGCAGAAGCAGCAGCUGCUGCAACAGUAUAACUGUCGCCUCCGAAUUCGAAGAGAAGAAGCGAUGGAGAGCAGAAGACGCAAUAGCCGGAAAUCGAGCGGCACUUGAGUCUCUGAGGGAGCUCAUUGUAUUUCCCCUGCUCUACUCUCGUGAAGCUCGAAAGCUCGGCCAUAAGUGGCCGACGGGGUUGCUUUUGUUCGGUCCACCUGGAACUGGAAAGACGAGCAUUGUUCGUGCAGUGGUUCAGGAAUCUGGUGCCCAUCUAGUUGUAAUUAGUCCACAUUCUGUCCACCGAGCACAUGCCGGGGAAAGUGAGAGAAUUUUGAGAGAGGCUUUUGGAGAUGCAUCGUCACAUUUGGAAGCAGGGAAGCCGUCAGUCGUGUUUAUAGACGAAAUAGACGCACUCUGCCCUCGUCGUGAUUCUAGGCGAGAGCAAGAUGUUCGUUUAGUCUCUCAACUUUGCGCACUAAUGGAUGCAAUCAAGCCCUCUUCUGCAUCUUCAGUGCAUGUGGUCGUGGUUGCAUCAACUAACAGAGUUGAUGCAGUGGAUCCUGCACUCAGAAGAUAUGGGCGUUUUGAUAAUGAAGUAGAAGUUAUGGCACCUACAGAAGAGGAACGCUUAGAAAUCCUCCAGCUAUACACAAAGAAGUUGGUGUUGGAUAAGGACGUUGAUUUGCAAGCUGUUGCUGCUUCUUGUAAUGGAUACGUUGGGGCUGACCUGGAAGCAUUGUGCCGUGAAGCUGCCAUAUCUGCUAUUAAGUCGGCAAAUGCCAGUGGUGCUGGGGUUCUUUGCUUAACCUCAGAAGACUGGAAGCUUGCUAUGUCCAUUGUUGGUCCUAGCUUAACAAGAGGUGUUGCAGUUGAAAUCCCAAAAGUGUCAUGGGAAGAUAUUGGUGGACUAAAGGAUUUGAAGAAAAAACUCCAACAAGCUGUUGAGUGGCCGAUUAAACACCGGUCUGCAUUUUCAAGAAUGGGAAUUUCACCCAUACGUGGGGUUCUUUUGCAUGGACCUCCUGGAUGCUCCAAAACUACUCUUGCUAAAGCUGCAGCUAAUGCUGCUCAAGCUUCUUUUUUCUCCUUGAGUGGUGCAGAUUUAUUUUCCAUGUAUGUUGGAGAGGGCGAAGCAUUGUUGCGCAGUACAUUCCAAAGAGCUCGUGUGGCAGCUCCGAGCAUAAUAUUCUUUGAUGAGGCUGAUGUUGUGGCUGGUAAACGAGGUGACAGUUCAAGCAACUCGUCCACUGUAGGGGAGAGGCUUUUAUCUACUCUACUGACUGAAAUGGACGGUCUGCAGCAAGCAGAAGGCAUCCUUGUAUUAGCGGCCACCAAUCGUCCGCAUGCCAUAGAUGCUGCACUGAUGCGCCCCGGACGCUUUGAUUUGUUGUUGUAUGUGCCGCCACCAGAUAAGGAGGCUCGACUCGAGAUUCUCAACGUACACACACGAAACAUGAGUAUCGACGAUGAUGUCGACCUCAGAACAAUAGCAGAGAAAACCGAGCUCUUCACAGGUGCUGAACUGGAGGGCCUAUGUCGAGAAGCUGGGAUCGUAGCUCUGCGGGAAAGUAUAUCCACUGCUGUUGUCUGCAACCAUCAUUUUCAGACGGCGCUGAGUUCCUUAAAACCAGCUCUGACAAGAGCUGAUAUAGAGGAGUAUUCAUCGUUCAUGAAGAUGCAGCAGAGCAUGUCAUCACCUCUGGGCGGGACUGGAUCAGCUGCGGCUGUUGUUGACAACAGCAUUGGGAAAAUGAAGGGACCUUUCAGUUCUCUUACAAAUUUGACUAAAGUUGGUGUACUGAGUGUUUUGGUUUUAGUUGCUGCUAGAUAUUUGAAGUUUCAUAUGAAGAUAGCCGGGGUGGAGGUAUCUGCCACAUGAACACUAUCUUCUUAUUUAUCUU